AAUUCUAGAAGACGCUUCGCAGUUCAUUUAAUUUGCGGUUCAAAGACGAGCAAAGCUCCAGCUCUGUCCUGCACCCAGCACCUGGAAGCCUAAGACACCCGGAGAGACUGCAGCUUUUAGCUUCUAUCAGCUGUUCACACUUCACAGAGUCUGUGUCGACAUUUGACGUUGCGGACUUUUUUAAAUUAAAUUUAGUCAAAGUUAGCCUGUUAGCCGAGCUGCCAAAAUGUUGAGUGUCGCCAAAAGCGUUUCAAGGACUCUCCAGACAAGGAACUGCGCAAGAAAUGUGUCCACUCUGAUUAAGAAGUCAUGCUGGAGUGGCGGCUUCCAACCAGAUGCUCUCAGAGCUCUGUCCAGGAGGGACUAUGCGUCUGAGGCCAUCAAGGGUGCAGUCAUUGGCAUCGACCUGGGAACCACCAACUCGUGUGUCGCAGUCAUGGACGGGAAACAGGCCAAGGUGUUGGAGAACGCAGAGGGAGCCCGGACAACUCCUUCAGUCAUCGCGUUCACAGCAGAGGGGGAGCGUCUGGUGGGCAUGCCCGCCAAACGCCAGGCCGUCACCAACCCUCAGAACACAUUGUACGCCACCAAGAGACUGAUUGGUCGCCGCUAUGACGACGCCGAGGUCCAGAAAGACCUGAAGAACGUCCCCUACAAGAUUGUGCGUGCAUCCAACGGUGAUGCUUGGGUGGAGGCUCAUGGGAAAAUGUACUCUCCCAGCCAGGCUGGAGCGUUUGUCCUGAUUAAGAUGAAGGAGACCGCAGAGAGCUAUCUGGGAACCAAAGUGAAGAACGCAGUGGUCACUGUACCAGCCUACUUCAAUGAUGCUCAGAGACAGGCUACCAAAGAUGCUGGUCAGAUCGCUGGUCUGAACGUCCUGCGUGUGAUCAACGAGCCAACAGCUGCUGCUCUGGCCUACGGCCUGGACAAAACCCAGGAUAGAAUUAUUGCUGUGUAUGAUCUGGGUGGAGGUACGUUUGAUAUCUCAGUCCUGGAGAUCCAGAAAGGCGUUUUUGAGGUGAAGUCCACUAAUGGCGACACUUUCCUGGGGGGAGAGGACUUUGACCAGCACCUCCUCAAACACAUAGUCAAGGAGUUCAAGAGAGAGUCUGGUGUGGACCUGAUGAAAGACAACAUGGCACUACAGAGAGUCCGAGAGGCAGCUGAGAAGGCUAAGUGUGAGCUGUCCUCUUCACUGCAGACUGACAUCAACCUUCCCUACCUGACCAUGGAUGCCUCUGGCCCCAAACAUCUCAACAUGAAGCUGACCCGCGCUCAGUUUGAAAGCAUCGUGGCUGACCUGAUCCGACGCACAGUGGCUCCCUGCCAGAAGGCCAUGCAGGACGCCGAGGUGUCCAAGGGAGACAUUGGAGAGGUGCUGCUGGUCGGAGGCAUGUCCCGUAUGCCCAAGGUUCAGCAAACGGUUCAGGACCUGUUCGGCCGUGCUCCCAGCAAGUCCGUCAACCCUGAUGAGGCUGUUGCCAUAGGAGCAGCCAUCCAGGGUGGCGUUUUGGCUGGCGAUGUCACUGAUGUGCUGCUGCUGGAUGUGACACCACUGUCUCUGGGUAUUGAGACCCUGGGAGGAGUCUUCACCAAACUCAUCAACAGGAACACCACAAUCCCCACCAAGAAGAGCCAGGUGUUCUCCACAGCAGCUGAUGGACAGACUCAGGUGGAGAUCAAGGUGUGUCAGGGGGAGAGAGAGAUGGCAGCAGACAACAAGGUGCUGGGUCAGUUCACUCUGGUGGGAAUCCCCCCCGCCCCCCGCGGUGUUCCUCAGAUUGAGGUCACCUUCGACAUCGACGCCAACGGCAUUGUCCACGUCUCCGCCAAGGACAAGGGAACUGGCCGAGAACAGCAGAUUGUCAUCCAGUCAUCAGGAGGACUCAGUAAAGAUGACAUCGAGAACAUGAUCAAGAAUGCUGAGAGGUACGCAGAGGAGGACAGGAGGAGAAAGGACCGUGUGGAGGCCGUCAACAUGGCCGAGGGCAUCGUCCACGACACAGAGUCCAAGAUGGAGGAGUUCAAGGACCAGCUUCCUGCUGACGAGUGCACCAAGCUGAAAGAGGAGAUCUCGAAGGUCAGAGAUCUUCUGGCCAACAAGGACGCAGAAACAGGAGACAACAUCAAACAGGCGGCCACCAACCUGCAGCAGGCAUCACUUAAACUCUUUGAAAUGGCCUACAAGAAGAUGGCAGCAGAACGCGACAGCAGCAGCAGCAGCAGCAGCUCGAGCUCAUCAGAGGGAGAGAAGAAAGAAGGCCAGCAGUAGUAAACCUUUGCACUUGUGUGUCACUGGGUUUCCAUGACAACAGAGGACUGUCUAGCUCGGCGGCGGACUGGGUGGGGAGGGUGGCAGUCUUGAGUGACGAGCCGAAUCUUAGUCAUUCUCACCAUAAUAUAUUAUUCUACUGUGUUUUGGCAGUAAAAUUCUCUAGUGGAAAGAUAAAUGUCAUUGUAUGCUCCUCCAUGUCCUAUGAUAUCCUGUCUGUAAUUUAAUUGUGUCAAAACAAUGUCAUGUAUGUUUAUUUUUACAAAGCUGUUAAUUUACAUUCUGAGUUAGUAAAGGUUCUUUUUUUUUGUCUAAGACAUCACGUAGGUUUCAUGUUCUUUGGCUCCGUCAUCUGCAGCACUUCAGCUCGCUCACAGCUCCGAUCAGUGUAAGCGUCGGUAUAGAAGACAGCCUUUCUGUCUUCAUCAUGUAAUAUUGUACGGUGAUCUACGAGACAUGCAUUCUAGUUAUUUUAACAGUGUGUUCAUAACGAUUUGGAGGUGGGAAGUUGAAAUGUUGUAGUUUUUAUAUCAGAAACUUGCCACUUCUCAGUUGUCCUGAGUUCACUCUAAAGAAACUUAUGCAGAAUUUCUGUAAUGAAGUAGAUUUCAGUUCAUCUCUUAAUUUUGAAAUCUGUAAAAAAAAAAAAGCAUCUGCAGCGCUCUAAGGAAUUAUGAUCCCAUUUCUCCUGCUGUCUCCUGACUGUAACAGUGGGCAGCAGUGACAGUGAUUAAAGGGUGGUAAUACAGGAUUUAAAUAUAUUUAAUGUCUGUGUGAGGAUGAGGUCAAGCUUCGGUUGAUUUGCUGUAAAAGAAUGUAAGGCCUUGAUCUGUGACAAACUCCAUCUUUUACGUCCUCUUUAGUAGCAUUCAUCUAAAACAGCUGACUGAAAGUAUUUUCGACUCUAGAAAUAGGCGAGUCUGGAUGUUGAAAUUGCACAAUGGACGAUGAGGAGGAUGAGUUUCUGUCUCAUUUUUGGACAGAUUACAGGAGGAGGAGCUGAGAUGCAACACACCAGUACGUUCAGUUUGAGCCCAGCCGUGUCAUUCCUCUCUAGAAGGAAGUUUUGUUUUUUGCCAUAAACUGCUCUGUGUAAUGUGAUUGUUGCUUACACGCCUGCCUGAUAGUGAUCCAGGCUGCUCUACAUGUGAAGGGAGUAACAAGGCAAUGUGUUGAACUGAUUUUUUUUGGGAGGGGAGUUCUAUUACAGGGUGAGCAUGGAGGGUACAGAGUUGCUGUCUUUUCUAAUAAAAAAAUGAAAUGUGA